UACGCCUCUCACCCGCCGCACGAUCGAUUUUCCGCCCUUUGUGAUUUCCACCGGCGCGUGAUACUACGCGAGUGAGUUUAAAAAAUGAGUUCAAACGAGUUCAGAUUGGAGCGCAGCGUUGAGUUGUCGCCAGAGACGAAAGCUAUUGCAGAACAGGAGUUACGGGAGACUCCAGAGAGGGUGCGUGAAGCCCUAGAGAGACUGCGGGAGCUGCUCAAAGAGAACAAGGACCUACACUUCGGAGAUGAUGACGAGCUGCUCACAAUCUUCCUGCGCCCUUGCAAAUGGUACCCAGAGAGCGCGAUCGCACUUAUGCGUCGUGUUGCGGAGUUCAAGCGCGACAAUGCGUCAUUGCUGGACAACUUGCUGCCUGAACAAGAGAAGACAGCGUUCCUUGACCACAAGGUCGUGAACGUCCUAAAGGGCCGCGACCACAAGGGAAGGAGGGUCUUAAUCGUCAAUGUUGGAGGUUCAUGGGAUCCAAAGAAAGUGAAUGCUGACCAGUUAUUCAGGCUGUUCUACUUGAUCCACGAGGCCGCCAUGUUGGAGCCAGAGUCACAAGUUAGAGGAACUGUUGUCAUCAUGGACUUCCACAAUAUGGGGUGGACACAGACAAUGGGUCUCACUCCAGCCUUCUCCAAGCGUCUCCUGACCUUCAUCCAGGACGCUAUGCCUCUUCGUCUUAAGGAGGUACACUUCGUAAAGCAGCCCAUGGUCUUCAACGUUGUGUGGAACAUGUUCAAGCCCUUCAUCAGGGAAAAGCUCAAGAACAGAAUUUUCUUCCACGGCUCGAAGAUGUCGUCUCUUCACAAGCACAUGGCGGCGUCUCACCUGCCGUCUGACUAUGGUGGUGAACUCCCUGCCAUUGACUACUCUGGCGCUGACUGGUAUCCUGUCAUCAACGACGUCUUGCCGCACAUCCACAACUGGAACACCUAUGGAUUCGCCAAGGACUCGUAGGCAACUAAAUAAUUGUAGUGUACUGCCUUACGUCGAAUGAAUUUCAGUUAUUUAGUACAAGAUAUUUAUGACUUCAGACAUUUCCGAACUUAGGUAAUUCAUUCCUUUUUCGAAAUGCACUGUUACAUUUACACGUUGGGCAGUUUAUACUAUUCUCAAUUUAAAUUAGUUUUAGUUUUUUUAAGACUUAAUCUGGAGUACGUGUUCGAAUAGCCGU